UUUCUUUCAGCCGUUGAAACUCCAUCAAACAGACAACUAAUAAUCCCUCUCCCUAUAAAAUCUAAACUCCUAAGCCUUUACAGACCACCUCCUCCCAACAAACUUUUCAAGAGUCAGAGUUUGAAUAUGGAGUUCUUGAAGCUGCUUUUCAUUGCGAGUUUUUGUGUGAUUGUAUGUGAAGGAAUAAACACUAGAGAGCUUUUUUCUCGAAAGCUUUCCAACAAGUCUGUAGAGAGCGCAUGGGAGUCCUUUAAGAAUUUAACAAACGCGCAGAGAGGCGACACCUCGAAAGCGAUGCCUAUUUUGAAGCAAUACUUUCAAAAAUUUGGCUAUCUCUCGAUUUCUGAUGGAGAAAACGCGACGGAGGAAUUUGACGAGGUGACGGAGUCGGCCGUCAAAAUGUAUCAGCAGAACUUCGGGCUGAAGGUGACUGGAAAGAUAGAUCAACAGACGGUGACGCAGCUGAUGACGCCUCGGUGCGGCCGCGAGGACGUCAUGAAAUUGAACGGAAGCCAGAUAGGCAGCUAUGGCAUGAGUUAUUACACCUAUUUACCAGGGACUCCGCGCUGGUCCGUCAACAGACGGCAUCUCACCUACGCCUUCGACCCCAACAACGAAGUGCCGGAGAUAACACAGACGGAUAUGCAAACGGUUUUCGCCAGCGCGUUUCAGCGUUGGGCCGCCGUUAUCCCCGUGACGUUUAGCGAGACGGACGAUUUCUCUUCAUCGGACAUCAAAAUCGGGUUUUUCUACGGAUCUCACGGCGACGACAACCCAUUUGACGGGCAACUGGGGGUUCUGGCGCACUCCUUCCCACCUGAGGACGGGCGGCUCCAUUUUGACGGGGCAGAGUCGUGGACCGUUAAUCUUCAGUACAACAGUGACAUGUCGGCAAUCGAUUUGGAAUCGGUUGCCACACAUGAAAUUGGACACAUCUUAGGGCUGGGGCAUUCCAAUAUUCAGGAGGCCAUCAUGUACCCUUCUAUUCCCGCACGAACCAGAAAAGUUGACUUACAAAAUGAUGACGUGGAAGGAGUGCAGGGCCUUUACGGCUCGAAUUCCAAUUAGAACACCCUCGUGUCUGCCACCCCAAGUCUCCAUACAAAUCCAACAGAAACAGAAGUAAAAAGGUCAAAAUGUUGAGCAAGGGGAGGAGGGUGGUAAAUAGCUAUAGCCUAAGCUAUUAUAAUAUCGGUUAUCGUAUUAUGUGAUGUCGCUUAUUGUAAUACGUCACUAUCGUGUAUGGUUAUUGUAUGUUUUAUAUGCUCAUGUGCCUAAGGAGAGGUGGUCAUAACUGCUAAGUAAGGUAGUUAAGUGAUCUUCUCCAUUAUGAUGUUGGUGUGAAAGGGUAAAAGCUUUUGAAUUAAAUAUAAUAUAUAUUAUUUUAGAAA